GAGCAUUUUGUGACGAGCUCAUCACAAUGCUCGGGAACAGUAGUCAAUAUGUACGUGAAAGUGCCCGAUGUUAACCACUGCUGUUUCUGUUUACCGCUGCGGCCUGGCAUUAUUUUAUUUGCCUAUAUAAAUAUUUUAUUCUCGAUACUGGCGGUGACAUGUCUCAUUAUCACCACGGAGCUGCAGCGGGCUACGAUAACCCGCGAUGCGUCAUCGGUCGAGGCGAUUACAUCCACAAUCUUGUUCAGCAUCCUAGGGAUGGGGAUUAUACUUAACAUCUUGCUGCUUGUUGCUGGAUACCAGAAAGACAUUUCAAUGCUGCGCUUAUACAAUUAUUAUGCAGUUGCGACAGCUCUUGCAGCGUUGAUACCAUCUGCCUUUCUGCUCUCGAGGGAAAUGUUCAUCGAAGUUACCAUAGCUUUGGCUGCGAUAGCAAUGCAAUGCUACGUCAUUGUGCUCGUGCGAAGCGAGGUGGUGAAGUUGGAAGAAAAGCAGUUGGUGACAUUGGAGGAAAUACAGGCGAACUUACUGGAACAAGUUGAUGUGUCGGAUCGCGUCACUUUAGUUUCAGAAAUCUAG